AUGAAGUCCUUCCUUCCGGUUCUUUGCCUUCUCGCGGCGAGCGCCACCGCCGCGCCCAGGGCAGACAUCCGGGAUGUCCCGGUCACUCGCGAGGGCUCGACGUUGCUUCUGGACGGAAAGCCAUGGAAGGCUGUGGGAGCCAAUGUAUACUGGCUAGGCCUCGACGAGAACGUGACGCCUGCUUCUGGAGAGCCUUACUAUGCUCCGUUAAAAGCAAGCUAUCCCACCAAAGGCCGCACCACGGAGAUAAUGGCCGUUGUCAAAGCGAUGGGAGGCACGGCGAUCAGGGCGCACACUCUGGGCGUCAGUACGGGCAACCCGCUCAGUCUUGUGCCGGCACCUGGUCAGGUCAACAAGCAAGCCUUUGAGCCCAUCGACUGGGCGGUCUGGCAGGCUCGCGAGUAUGGUCUACGUCUGUUAAUUCCGCUGACGGAUAAUUUUGACUAUUACCACGGUGGGAAGUACAACUUCCUACGUUGGGCCGGCUUCAACCUGACACAGACCAAGGACUCGACCAAUCCCCUGGUCAUGCAGUUCUACACGAACGAGACCAUCGUAGGCGCUUUCAAGGAUUAUAUUCGCACGUUGAUCACGCACGUCAACCCUUACACCAACCUAUCGUACGCCGAUGACCCCACCAUCUUUGCGUACGAGACAGGCAAUGAGCUGUGUGGUCCGGUUUGGGGCGACAUGAAUGUGCCAGCGAGAUGGGUCCGUGAGAUUGGUGGAUUCGUCAAGCAGCUGGCACCGAAGAAGCUUAUCGUAGACGGCACGUACGGGGUCAACAAGACACAUUUGUCUGUAGAAGAGGUAGACAUCUUCUCGGAUCACUAUUACCCCGUUAGCAUCGGCAAGUUGCGGGCGGAUGUCGAUCUUGUCAAUUCGGUGAACAAGACGUAUUUCGCUGGGGAAUAUACUUGGGUAAAGUCGGCACCAGCAGCAACCGAUGCAGAUUUGGCUUCCUGGUUCAAAGUUCUCGAGCAGAGCCCGGCCGUCAUAGGAGACGCCCUCUGGUCGUUGUUUGGCCACAAUGUUCCUGACUGCAAGACUUUUGUCGAGCAUAGUGACGGCCUUACCCUACAAUAUGUGAAUCCAGCACAUGCCACCCAGAUUCAGCUGAUCAGGCAGCACUUCAUGAAGGCAAGCCAGGAGCUCUCAAUCGCCGCAAACGCGCCUCUGCCACAAGUGCCCUGCCCGGCUUCAACUUCGGGGACGGAGACGGGAACCCGGCGUAACCGAUGA